GUGGUGGGCGAGAGCGGCGACUUGAUACCGGAGAAGCUGGAUGCUAGCGACUUGCAGGAGGUCGCGCUCUGUGGGCUCAGCAGCGACGUGUUGGGAUCCGACGGCGUGUUUUGCUGCCGGUAAAAAGAAACAUGAUACAUUGCUUGUCCACCAAUGAGUCCACCCUUUCGAAACGAUUUCCAAACGAUGCGGAUUUUUCCGAUGUCGAGGCCGGAAACGCUCUCGGCAACGAGAGAAUUCGCGCUUCGUCAUUACGCGGCCGGUGUUCCGAUCGAAGAGGGGCGGAUGUGUGGGAGUGUCUGAUCUAUAGACGAGUAAUUGCAAGCCGCAUUGCUUUUUGGCGAUGUAAUUCCUUCGUUCUUCCGUUCGCUGACGCGAACCCGUUGUCCGCAGGGAGGAGAGGAGAAGGCUACAAGGGUCCAUCAGCGAGGGGGUGGAAAUGGCAGGGAGACGAGGCGCAACCGACGACGAUCAACAAAGGCGCAAAACAAUGAGUCGCCUAGGGAGAAACAAUGCCUCGGUCGCUCACUCGCAGUCAUUUCCGCGCUGAUUACAGAAGGGAGACUUCGCGCGCCAUUACGCGUUACUGAAAGAAAAAAAGGAAAAAAGAAAAGGGAAAUGGAAAGUAAAUGUGGAGACGCAAAGAUGUGUGCUGGACGUCUUUACUCCGUCGCGUUUUAAUCGAUCGUCUCAUUAGUCUCGCUGGGGUUUGUAUUUCGCGAUCAUCAAGACUAUCAUUCUCGUUUCUCGCGCAAGUAAUAUGUAUAGAUUCGAAGAUUAAGACUUCUGGUCCUUCGCAUUGUCUAUCUCUUUUAAUGAUGUCAGAAACGAGAAAAUGUAUGCUAAAAA